UACAUAAAAUGAAAAGAAGAAUAAGAAAAAGAAGGAUGGAAUAUGCUCUGAACUAAAGCCACGGCACCCAACCCAAAGAUUCCAAUCUUUCCUAAAGGAUUAUUCUGUCGUCCGAGUCUUUAUCUCCACCCUCUCUUUCUUGGGUUAUUUCUCUGUAACCCACGCCACAAGGUGACAUUUUUGGAUCUUUUUAUUUGAGGAAAAUAGCCGAAGGCAAAGUAGAAAGAAAAUCCAAAUCCAACCAAUCACACUCUUUUCCCACUUAAUAACUCCAUACAUCUAAUCUUGGUUUUUUUCUUUCCAUUCCCUUUUUCUUUUCUUCUCAUGCAGAACCACAUUUUAUUCUUUCACUUUCAUCGCAAAAAUCCCACCCAUCACCAUGUCUCUUCUCAUCCAUUGCUCGGAACCGUUCUUGGUCCGGAAAAUAGUGCACUACCUUAACCCUAGACCCAGUAAGCUCUACAACUUCAAACCGCUCACAAAGGGCAAGACAAUUGGGUUAAAAGUGAGUUGCAAAGUUAACGAUUAUGGGUGUUUGGGUUUAGAUCAGAAUUUUAGUUCGUACAGCUAUUUUUCGGCUCCAGUGAAGAGAGGAAGCAAAGAGGAAGAAGAAAAAGAAAAGCAAGAAUAUUACGUGAAUUUGGGGCAUGCUCUUCGGGCUCUCAGGGAGGACUUCCCUGCCCUCUUCCACAGAGAACUAUCCUUCGACAUCUAUAGGGAUGAUAUUGUACUCAAAGAUCCUUUGAACACGUUCGUUGGCAUCGAGAGUUACAAAUCAAUCUUCUGGGCUCUACGAUUUCAUGGCAGGAUGUUUUUCAAGGCUUUGUGGAUUGACUUAUCCAGCGUGUGGCAGCCUGCUGAGAAUGUCAUUAUGGUUCGGUGGACUGUUCAUGGAAUCUCACGAGGUCCAUGGGAGAAUCGUGGGAGGUUCGAUGGAACCUCGGAGUAUAAACUUGACAAGAAUGGCAAGAUUUUCCAACACCGUGUUGACAAUGUUGCUCCCAAUACACGUCCUAAAUUUAAAGUGCUGCGUGUGGAAGACUUGCUUCAGUCUAUAUGCUGCCCCUCUACUCCAAGACCAACUUAUUUUGAAACAUCGUCGUCUACAAAGAGAACUUGAUGUCUUGUUGCUCAAGUUCUCUUCAAAAAGUUUUGCAGUAAAUAAUGAAUGGCCAUGCGGUGCUGAAAUCUACUGGUAUGGACCAACAGGGCUUUAAUUGGGUGUUGUAAUUGGUUGAGUUUGAAACUCGAGUAUUCUGUAUAUAAGUUGUAUAUACAAUA